AUGAGCUUCGUCACCCGCCGCGGUCUUUCGACCCUUAUCCCCCCCAAGGUCGCCUCUCCCAAGGCCCUUGGUGCGGACCCCAACGCCGUCCGCAUGCAGCGCGUCGUCAACUUCUACGAGAAGCUCCCCCGUGGCCCGGCUCCCGAGGCCAAGGCCUCUGGCAUCCUCGGCCGCUACGCCGCUAAGCACUUCAACGGCAAGAACGCCUCUGCCAAGCCCAUCAUCCACGCCAUCGGCUUCCUCCUCGUCGUCGGCUACGCCCAGAACUACUACUUCCACCUCCGCCACCACAAGAACAAUGCUCACUAA